CUAGUCACUUGCUAAAUUUCAUCAUAUCACCAUAUGAUUUUGCUAGUCUAUGAAGAGACUAUUAAUUACUUCUAUAUGAAGAAACUCUAAACAGGAAUGCAUGCAUGGAGAUCUCAUUUCUUGUUCUUGGUGUUUUAGCUCUUACAAGUCUGGCUCAGGGCCAGGAUCAAUCAGGCUUCCUUAGCCUUGAUUGUGGCUUGCCAGCAGAUGCUAGCUAUUCUGAUCCAAAAACCAGCCUCCAUUAUAUUUCAGAUGCAUCAUUCAUUAACAGUGGUGUAACUAAGAGUAUAUCAUCUGAAUUCAGUACAAAUAGCAUUGACAGGCCGCUAUGGUACGUCAGGAGCUUUCCUAAGGGCAGCAGAAAUUGCUACAAUGUGACAACUAUUGCGGAUACCAAAUAUUUGAUCAAAGCUACUUUCAUGUAUGGAAAUUAUGAUAACCUAAAUCAGCUACCAGUAUUUGAUCUGCAUAUAGGACCUAAUAAAUGGGUUACGGUGCAAAUUCUCAAUGCAUCCACUCCUCUAGUACAGGAGAUCAUAUAUGAUGCUCCAUUGAAAUACACAAGCGUAUGUCUUGUAAAUAAAAAUUCAGGAACACCCUUCAUUUCAACAUUGGAAUUAAGGCCUUUGAAGAAUACCACAUAUGUAGCCCAGUCCGGAGCGCUUGCACUCUUAAAUAAACGGCUGGAUCUUGGUUCCAUAACCAAUCAAACAGUCAGGUAUCCUGAUGAUGUCUACGAUCGUCUAUGGCAUCCCUUUCAUCUAAUACAACUGACGGAUAUAAGUACCAAUCUGACUGUUGAUUUUGGGAGCCAUAAUGAUUACCAGCCACCAUCAAUUGUGAUGAGGAGCGCAGUCACACAAGCAAACAGCAGCAAUCCUUUGCUAGUAUCCAUAGGCGAUAGUGUGGAAUAUAAAACUUACCAAUUUUAUGUGUAUAUGCAUUUUGCUGAAAUUGAGAAGCUUGAAGCCAACCAAUCCCGUAAAUUCAACAUUUCUUUGAAUGGAACCUUCUGGGCUGGACCUAUUAUUCCUCUUUACUUGUACACAAUCACUGCGUAUAGCGGAUCAGCCAUCACUGGAGGAAACUAUGAUUUUUCUCUCUUCAAAGUUGGUGGGUCAACCCUGCCUCCCCUUCUCAAUGCAAUUGAAGUUUAUUACGUGGUUGAGCUCUUGCAAUCAGAAACUAGCCAAGCUGAUAUUGACGCAAUCAUGGAAAUCAAGUCAACAUAUGGAAUAACAAGAAACUGGCAAGGAGAUCCAUGUGCUCCUCAGGAUUAUGUGUGGGAUGGUCUUAGCUGCAGCUAUAAUGGGACUGCUCCACCUAUAAUCACAUCCUUGAACUUGUCCUCGAGUGGAUUGACAGGGGAGAUAGCUUCUGAUAUAGCCAAUCUGAAAUCACUAAAAUCUCUGGACUUGUCAAACAAUAGUUUAACUGGACCUGUGCCUGAUUUCCUCUCUCAGUUGGCGUCUUUGAAAGUCCUAAACAUGACAGGUAACAGGCUCACAGGUACAGUUCCAGUUGACCUCUUGAAAAGAUCGCAAAGUGGUUUGCUAUUGCUAAGUGUUGACGGAAAUCCAGAACUUUGUGCAUCGGAUUCAUGCAACGAUAAUAAGAAUAAGAAGUACGUUGUUCCAGUAACUGUAUCGGUUGCUGCAUUAUUUGUGAUAGUAGCUGCAAUAUUAUUGGCAAUAUGUCUUAAAAGAAGAAAGAAACAGGCAGCAGUAGCUGGUGAGAUGAUGGAAGCUCAAACCAGGAAAACUAGUGAUGCAUUAGAGUCAAGAAAACGACAAUUCACCUACUCGGAAGUCCUGGAAAUUACUAACAACUUUGAGAGAGUUCUUGGUAGGGGAGGAUUUGGAUCCGUUUACCAUGGCUACUUGGAUGAUAUUGAAGUAGCAGUAAAGACGGUCUCUCCAUCUUCAGUUCAAGGCUACAAGGAGUUCCAGGCCGAGGUCAAGCUUCUUUUGAGAGUUCAUCACAAAAACUUGACUAGCCUUGUUGGAUACUGCGAGGAAGCCAACCACUUGGUGCUCAUCUAUGAGUACAUGGCCAAUGGAGACUUAAAACACCAUCUAUCAGGGCUUCGUGUGAAUGUAGUCGAUGACCCAGCAGAUAUCUUAAGCUGGGAGGGGAGACUUCGUAUAGCCCUUGGGGCAGCACAGGGAUUGGAGUAUCUUCACAAUGGUUGCAAGCCACCAAUUGUACACAGAGACGUGAAGACUACAAACAUUUUAUUGGACGAUAAAUUCCAAGCCAAACUAGCUGAUUUUGGGCUAUCAAGAAAUUUUGCAGCUGAAGGUGACUCUCAUGUGACAACAACUGUUGCUGGCACUCCGGGCUACCUUGAUCCUGAGUACCAUGUGACAAACUGGUUGACAGAAAAAAGCGAUGUUUAUAGCUUCGGAGUUGUUCUUUUAGAGAUCAUCACAAGCCGACCUGUGAUUGCCAAAACCGCUGAUAAGAUUCAUCUAAGCACCUGGGUCAGUUCCAUGCUUGACAAGGGGGAUAUUAAGGCCAUUGCUGAUCCAAGAUUAAAUGUAGAUUUCGACAUCAAUUCUCUAUGGAAAGUUACAGAAUUAGCAAUGGCUUGUGUGUCAGAAACUUCUGCUGAAAGACCAACUAUGAGCCAAGUGGUGAUGGAAUUGAACGAGUGUUUAGCAACAGAGAUGGCUCGAACAAGGGAGGGGCGUAGUCCAUCAUAUAAUUCUGUUGAAUAUAUGAGUGUGAAUUUGUCUGCUGGACUAUCUCCCUUGGCAAGGUAGUAUUUUCAGGAAAUUAGAGUAUGUUCACGUUUUGUGCCUCGGACCUCAUUCCCUUUCUGCUAGUUUCUCUGUCUUGUGAUUUGUAGCCAAACCAGAAGACAAAUAUGUGUAGUAGUUAUAAUAAAUUGGAAUGAUGUUGUGAAUAUAAAAUAGCCUGUUUUCUCUA